AUGUGUGCAACUAAUCGCCCAUCCACUCCAGUGCUCGACGAAUUCCAUUGGUCAACAGGGCGGGACAAAUGGACAUCUGCACCAGAUGCUUUGCUUGUUCAAGUUGGUUGUUGCUACGAAGGCCAAGGAAUAAGCCAUCUUUUUGAAGAGAAUCGUCGUUCUCUCUUUUCAAUAUUAGGACGACGUUUGCAAGGUGUUUCAGGUGUUAUUAGGGAGAUGAGUGGCGAUCGCCUUUCUGGUGUGAAUGUCUCUGUCUGGCCGAUUCAAAAGGACCACAACGUAAUUUUGGAAACUACAAAGACUACAAAAACAACAAAGAAUGGACAUUAUAAUUUGGCUUUGGAGCCAGGAACGUAUCGAGCAAUGAUUAUAGCUGAUGGUUAUGAUCCAAUGAGUAGUACUUUUACAGUUUCAUUUGGACAAGCGACGGUUAAACAUUAUGCUUUGCACCGACCAUUUACAAUGAGUUUUGAACGCAGUAUAGUUGCCGCAUUGAUUGCAUUAACAAUGCUUUCAAUAUCAUUUUGUUGUUUAUGUCGAUCCAUGAGACGUUCGAAAACAAAAAAAUCUUUGGCAGCUACGCAGGUUAAAGUGAAUGAAAGGAGAAAGGAUGGAUUUGAACGUGUGCCUCUUCGGGAUUACCAUUCCGAAAAUGACUCUGACGAUUCUGAUGAGGAGGAAGUUCUAGAUACACGAAGAAUGGCUAUGCCUGUUUGACAUUGUAAUUUUUAGUUUUCUUGGAAUGACAUGGAUUUUUUGUUUAAUUUUUGAGAAUACUAAAUUUUCUAAUCUCUUCAUUCCGAGAUUAUGUACAUUAUUGACUUUUAUGUGCUCUCUAAUCACUAUUAUUCCUUCUAUUUUUAAUUUGGUGGGCGGUUUAUGAAUUAUUAA